AUGUAUGUUCGAUUCGUCCAUGUGCCCCUUCCACUAGAAGCCUUCCAGGAGCCGCUCCUUGUCCGUGCCCCCUGCACUAUUCUCCCUGUACCGGCGACACUCCCCGCCCUCGUUAGUGCCCGAGUGUCACAGACACCAACGCUAAGGUGUGCUUAUAUGCUCAAUCUGAGGAUGGACCAUAUGCAAGCUGUCAAACGUGUUAUCCGGUAUUUAAAAGGUAUACUUGAUCUUGGUCUUUAUCUCAAUUCAUCUACGAUCUCAUCUCUUGUUUCUUAUACUGAUGUUGAAUGGGGUGGAUGCCUUGAUAUAAGACCUUCUACCUCGGGUUACUGUGUGUUUUUGGGUGACAACUUAGUCUUAUGGUUCUCCAAGCGUCAAUCUAUACUCUCUCAGUCUAAUGUAGAGGUUGAGUAUAAGGGUGUUGCUAAUGUGGUCUCUGAGUCGUGUUGGCUUUGA